AUGUUCGCUCUCCGUGCUGCCUCCAAGUCUACCCUCGUUCGCGGCUUCGCCUCGUCGGCUCGCGUCGACUACAAGGCUGUCGUUCUCGGCGCGGGAGGCGGGAUUGGCCAGCCGCUCUCGCUCCUCAUGAAGGAGAACCCCAAGGUGACCGAGCUCGCCCUCUACGAUGUCCGUGGUGCCCCCGGUGUUGCCGCCGAUGUCUCGCACAUCAACACCAACUCCAAGGUGACUGGCCACGCCGCUGACGACAUCGCCGGUGCGCUCAAGGGUGCCGACGUCGUCAUCAUCCCCGCUGGUGUUCCCCGCAAGCCCGGCAUGACCCGUGACGACCUGUUCAACACCAACGCCGGCAUUGUCGCUACCCUCGCCGACGCCGUUGCCAAGAACUGCCCCAAGGCGCUCGUUGGCAUCAUCUCCAACCCCGUCAACUCGACCGUCCCCAUCUUCGCCGAGGUCCUCAAGAAGAACGGCGUCUACGACCCCAAGCGCCUCUUUGGUGUCACCACCCUUGACGUCGUCCGUGCCUCGCGCUUCGUUUCCGAGAUCAAGGGCAACAACCCCAAGGACGUCCAGGUGACCGUUGUCGGUGGCCACUCGGGCCCCACCAUCGUCCCGCUCCUCUCGCAGACCGCUUCGUCGGCCGACAUCAAGGGCGAGACCUACGACAAGCUCGUCCACCGCAUCCAGUUUGGCGGUGACGAGGUCGUCAAGGCCAAGGACGGUGCCGGUUCGGCUACCCUCUCGAUGGCUUACGCCGGUGCCCGCUUCGCCGGCGCCCUCCUCCGUGGCCUCGACGGCGAGGCUGGCGUUAUCGAGCCCACUUUCGUCGAGUCGCCCCUCUUCGCUGGUGAGGGCAUCGUCUACUUCUCGUCCAACGUCGAGCUCGGCCCCGAGGGUGUCAAGACCAUCCACCCUCUCGGCAAGCUCACCGCUGAGGAGGAGACUCUCCUCAAGGCCUGCAUCCCCGAGCUCAAGAAGAACAUUGACAAGGGUGUCGCCUUUGUCGCCUCGUCCUAA